CAAAUCUAGAACAACAACAAAAAAGACCUCUAAAAGAUAAGGAAAAGUAACGAGCUGGUGUGAACUAAUCAAUGAUGAGCAGACUUUUAGUGACAUUACAUGGACUACAUCCAUCAUGAGUGGACAUAUCUUUGAGAACGACUUGGAUGGAUCUUGGAACGCGGAACGGAUCCCACUUCUCCAGCGAACAGAAAAUGAUGCUCGCUAUCGCGGAGCCAAGCGCCAAUUAUCUACCCUCUCGCCAUUGAACAACAACGUGUCUUUGACCUCGUCUCAAACCUCCAUAGCGUCGAAAUGGUCUUGGCAAAGGUCGCUCAAGGUUUCAUUUUUAGCCUUUAUCUGCCUUGUUCUCGUGGUGUGUCUGUUAUUUUUGCCGGAAGAAAGUAUCAACACGACCAUCAUCGACGUGACCCAUGAUGAACCCAAGAGAAUCGAUUUGGAUCGGAGAUACCACGAGAAAGGCUCGGUGAGCGAGAAGAUCCUUCGAGUCACACUCAAGGGCUCGUUUGUCGCCGAUGAAUUGGUCCCAUUGGUCAAGGACAAGGUUGUCAUCAUUGCCAAAAAGGAUUAUGCCAACUACUCGGACACCACAACGCAGACGUGGGAAUUGGGAUUGAUGCCCGAAAAAGUAUCCAAUUACUUCUACCUCGCUCAAACCGUCGAGAGGCACAUUUUCGAUUUGGAUGGAUUUGACUUGGAGAGCGAGAAUGUAAGUUUGUUCAUAUCGACCACCGCCGAUCAUUCCGUGGCCUUGGCCGUGACCAUCGAGCUUCUGUCCACGUUGGUGGAUUUGGGAGUGAUGAUGGGAGGGGUGGUUCUCGUGGUCAUGUAUGUAUUCAUAAUUUUUGAAUUGGUUCAUCGAACCGUGGUGUCCAUGUUGGCGGCGACGGCAGCCAUCGCCAUCUUGGCCUUGCUCAACGAAAGACCAACUCUCAUGGAGAUCAUGAGCUGGAUCGACAUUGAAACACUGACUUUGCUCUUCAGCAUGAUGAUCAUCGUGGGAAUCAUUUCGGAAACGGGGGUUUUCAGUUACUUGGGCUAUCUAGCCUACCGAAUAACGAGAGGUCAAAUUUGGCCGUUAAUCAUCAUCCUAUGUCUUCUCACAGCCUUGGUUUCGGCCGUUCUCGACAAUGUGACUACUAUUCUACUCAUGACCCCGGUCAUCAUUCAGUUAUGUGAAAGCAUGAACAUCGAUCCCACCAAAGUAUUAAUAGCCAAUGUGAUCUUUUCCAAUAUUGGUGGAGCUUCUACAGCCAUUGGGGAUCCACCCAACGUGUUGAUCGCUUCCAAUCCGAGCAUUCAAGAGAGGGGCGUAACCUUCCUGACCUUCACCGCUCACAUGACGUUGUGCACCGUGGUCGUCUUCGUUCUCAGCCUGGGAUUUCUCAGACUUUUAUAUGGGAAGAUGGAGGCAUCGAAGAAUGAAAAUCAGGACAUAAAGGACUUGAAACACGAAAUCAAGAUUUGGAAGCGAACCGCUCAAGGCAUGCCCAACUACACCCGAGAAGAGGCCCAAGUGAAAACCGCCAUUGAGCUGAAGAUCCAAGAGUUAAAAGAGCACCUCUUGGAACGCGAAUCUCGAACCUCCCUUUUCAGUGCCUACAUCACUUCCAGGGGUCUGGAUGAGUUGCGCGAGAAUUGUCGGAUCACCGACAAGUGGCUCCUGGUCAAAUCGAGCAUCGUGAUGAUCCUCACCAUCGGGCUGUUCUUUAUGGAGAACUUUCCCCAGUUCAAUCUCAGUCUCGGGUGGACGGCCUUUCUGGGCGCACUGACCCUACUGAUCAUUUCCGACAAGGCCGAGGUGGAAUCGGUUUUUGCCCGCGUUGAAUGGUCCACACUGAUCUUCUUCGCCACCUUAUUCGUGGUCAUGGAAGCUCUGGACAAACUGGGAUUACUGAGAUGGAUCGGUGGCCUAGUGGAACAAGUAAUCACGAUUGUGCCUCCUGAGCAUCAACUCUUGGUGGCAAUCACUAUCAUUCUGUGGGUCUCAGGCCUCGCAAGUGCCUUCAUCGACAACAUCCCCUUCACCACCAUGAUGAUCCCGGUGAUUACUCGGCUAGCCAAUAGUUCCAACCUUGAACUCCCUAUUCAGCCUUUAGUUUGGUCCCUCGCUUUGGGCGCUUGCUUGGGCGGAAACGGAACCCUGAUCGGCGCUUCCGCUAACGUGGUCUGUGCCGGUGUGGCUGAACAGCAUGGCUACAAAUUCACUUUCAUGGACUUUUUCAAGGUGGGAUUUCCCAUCAUGUUGCUCAGUUUAGUGGUUGCUAAUUUGUACUUGAUCCUAUGCCACGUUCUGUUCCAAUGGAACGGCUAGCGAACUGAACUGGUCGUUUUUUGUACAGCAUCGUGUUUGCCCUGGAAGGGUGUGUGCAAUAAAGAUUCACUCUGCAUGCAGCAACAUAAAUCAUGAGGCUCAUUUCAAUUUCGCAUGCAAGAGCAAUUCAUUGGCAUGGUGAUGAACAACUAGGUCACGACCUCGCAAGCGGGUCUGUCUGUCUGUCUGUCUGUCUGUCUGUCCCUCUGGUCCCAAGCGAAACUGUCAAUAAAUGCGAAAUGUAAUUACAUGGAGCCAUAAAAGCCAAGGUCGAGGCAGCAAGCUUGGUGCCACUAAGUUGCCACCACCGUUCGAGAGUUUUCCCAAGCACGGAAAUCAAUUUUUACCGCAGGUUUGCAUUACACUUGGUCAUGAACAAUUCUGA